AUUUAAUAUAGAUACCUACUAUAAGGUAUGGUUAACCUUCUUUGAAUUUCUAGCCUUACAUAGUACCUACAUAGUAGGUACCGUAGGUGAGAAUUGGGAUGAAAAUGCUGUGACUAGGCUGCGACUGGACAGAAGCUGGGCACUGCAACCCCAAGCAAGUGGGUCGACUUCUAUUCAAUCGCAUCGUGUUUGAGCACGCGGUGCAAUCACCAAACUACCCCACCAUCGUCAAUGACCCCGCCAUCUCUUUCAUGCCACCUUCAAAUCAACAAGCAAAGCAACCAAAAAAAAAGAAGGCCACCAAGCCCGCUGAUCUCGCGAUACCCCGUCAAUGCUGAUGUAACCACAAGCGGGACUACACAAAUCAGACCUCAUAGCUUCAUACACCUACCUACACCUACACAUACAACAAGUACAAUUUGAUUGAUUGCUUGAUUGCUUGCUUGAUUGAUCGAUCAAUUGAUUGGGCCAUGGCAGACACCGAGCAACCAGAAGUUCCGAGCGAACCCCAGAGUCGCCAUGUCACCUAUUGCGGCGUUUGCAUGCUACCCCCAGAGUACUGCGAGUAUGGCGGCACAGUCAAGAAAUGCCAGGAUUGGCUGCAGAAAGCUCACCCUGCCAUGUAUGAACAUAUAUGGUCAGCCGAAGCGCUAGAAGCCGCCACCGCAUCGCUAUCCGUCGAGGCCCAGAAGCGCGCCGCCAAAGACGCCCAGAAGAAGGCCGCCCAGGCCGAGAAGGCCGAGCAGAAGCAAGCCGACAAGAUGGCCAACAGCGUCGUCACGAUAAAGCGCGUCGAGCGGAACAAGCGGAAGUUCGUGACGGCCGUGUCGGGCCUGGAGGCCUUCGGCCUCGACCUGAAGAAGGUGGCCAAGGAGUUCGGCAAGAAGUUCGCCACGGGGUCCUCCGUGACCAAGGUGCCCAGCGGCGGCGAGGAGAUCGUCGUCCAGGGCGAUGUGAGCGACGAGAUCGAGGAGUUCCUCCUGGAGAAGUACAAGGAGAUACCGGAGGACAACAUUGAAUUAGUAGACGACAAGAAGAAGAAAUCGUCGUCGUGAUUCCCCGUUCUCAGAAUCCACUAUAGUCACGCUGGGAGGCAUCAAGAUAUUCGAUUAAUGAAAACGCUAAUUCUUUUUGUCCCGAGGCAAAUGUGAUGCC